GGAGGAGGAGAAGGAGGAGGGGGAGCGGAGGGAGGUGUUUCUGUCAGUUCCGGCUGUUUGUUCGGGAAGUGAAUCCGCCGCUGCGGGAGCAGCCCGGAGCUGCGGUUCGCGAGGCCAGUACCGACCCCGCCCGCCCGCGCGCACCGCCCCCGCCCGCCAUGGCCCGGGACUACGACCACCUCUUCAAGCUGCUCAUCAUCGGCGACAGCGGUGUGGGCAAGAGCAGUUUACUGUUACGAUUUGCAGACAACACUUUCUCAGGCAGCUACAUCACCACGAUUGGAGUGGAUUUCAAGAUUCGGACUGUGGAGAUCAACGGGGAGAAGGUGAAGCUGCAGAUCUGGGACACAGCUGGGCAGGAGCGCUUCCGCACCAUCACCUCCACGUACUACCGUGGGACCCAUGGGGUUAUUGUGGUGUACGACGUUACCAGUGCAGAGUCCUUUGUCAACGUCAAGCGGUGGCUUCACGAAAUCAACCAGAACUGUGAUGAUGUGUGCCGAAUACUAGUGGGCAAUAAGAAUGAUGACCCUGAGCGGAAGGUGGUGGAGACAGAAGAUGCCUAUAAAUUUGCCGGGCAGAUGGGGAUCCAGCUGUUUGAGACCAGUGCCAAGGAGAACGUCAACGUGGAAGAGAUGUUCAACUGCAUCACAGAGCUGGUUCUGCGAGCAAAGAAAGACAACUUGGCGAAACAGCAGCAGCAGCAACAGAAUGACGUGGUGAAGCUCACGAAGAACAGUAAACGAAAGAAACGCUGCUGUUAAUGUCCCAGUCCACUGCAGAGACUGCACUGUGGUCCCUCCCCCAGCCCGAGGCCCGCGGUGGCUCCUCGGGGGACAGUCUCAGUUUUGUGCCGUUAUUUAAAGAAUUCUCUCCAUGUUUUUGUAUUGGGAGGCGCCAUCGGCACUUCCUCCCCCACCCCCCCAGUGCCAAGAAGCUGUUGGAGGAGCCUGCCCUUCCCCACUGGUGCCCUCCUUCCUGCCGAGGCGCCUGGACCUGGUGAGGAUGCUGCCAGCGGAGCGGACUGAUUAACCAGUUUGUACAUAGUGUAUAUUGCUUUAACCAGCCGCACACCCUCGUCCUGCUCUGGCUUUUGCCUCCUUAAUACCAGCCUGCUGCAACAGACCCUCCCCUGGCCCUCCGAUCCCACCUCAUGGCCAGCAGCUUCUGGAGGAGACCCGGCGUCAGUCUCGUGCAUCUUGGGCUGGCCUGGGACAGUAGUGUGGGCUCCGUGUUGCUCCUUCUUUCCUGCAGGCUGUCAGCUUCAGUCCCUGGCAUACAGGGUCUGACUCCUCUCCAGGGCCUGUGCCCAUUUUCCUGCCCCCACAGUUGCUCUGGGAACUGGGGAAACCUGGCCUUGAGGCAGUCGUGGUCCUCUGCUGGCCCCAGGCCUUCGGUCUCACAGAGGAAGUAUCCAAGCCUUUGGCCAACAGGUUUCUUGUCCCGCCUCCUGGACACCUCUGCUACAAACCCAGGGGAGCCGUGGCUUCUAACUUACCAACGUGUUUCAGUUCCAACAGAAAGGUAGGGGUGUGUUCGUGCAGAGAUGGGGCUUGCCAGAGGCUAGAGGAGCGUUAUCUUCAUGGGUAAAAAAAAUGAAGCCAAAUCAAAUGAAUUAAGUUCCUCACCACUAUUUUCUUGCCCUGAGAUUUGAUCGGCACAGCAGCGAAGUUGUGGCCACCCCAUUUUGGGUCCACUAUUUUUAGAAAAAGUGAAUUGCUUCCUAUUAACUGUGGGGCUGGGCCCUUGGCCCUUGGAACAGGAAGGGGAUUUGCACCCUUGUCCGGGUUGGCCCUCCAGGGUCUCCCACUGGAAUUCAAGUCCGGUGUGCACUCUGCACCUCUGAAUGUAAGGGUGGGUGCCGGGGUUGCUGGACAGUGGCGACACCUCUGAGCUUGGAUCAUUGACAGAACUGUUUCAGUUUGAAUGUAGUAGGAAGACUUCUUGGUGGGGAUAAGUGGCAGUGGGGCUGGGGUUCAGCCCAGGUCUGUGCACUCCAGCCCCUUGGAGGAGAAACCAGGGUCACCUGCAUUUGAUUACUGUCCCCCCUCCUUCCUUGGAGUACUUUAUUUCCAUUUUCCCUAAGAGGAUCACGUAACCUGGGAAGAAAUUUCAACACCAUGAUGUGUUCUAUUAGAUUUCCUUUCCUGGGUGAUUUCCAGGCAGAGUCCUGAUUGGACAAUCACAUGACAGAUCACACUGCAGAUUUUCCAUGUUGACACUGUGGAUGGGUUUUUAAUCAAUAAAAAUGGGGUUUCUUCUUGCCUGUCUUUCUACUCGUCCAGACUGUUAGAGCCAGGGUUCUAAGCGAGGUGUUCUCUUUGGAGCUGCUGGGUUUGGGGAGCUAUGGGCCCAAGGAGGCAUGUUCCCUGCAGGUGCUGUAGGCAGCCUGGCUCACCAGGGCCUGCAAGGUUGCACACAGCUCAGGGCUCCUGCGGUCCUAGGGUCGAACUUGUCUCUGAGCUCAGGUGAAGCCAAUGUGGGAGGUGCUUGCACAUCCAAGCAAUAGGGGCACUAUCCUGGGAACUUCGGCCCAGGCCAGAGCCUCAGUGACUUUUGGCACCUGGAUGUCCAGGCCCAGGCUGGGGGGUGGUGGUGGUGAGGACAGAGUGUCUGUCCUGCUGAGUGUUAUACGCAUGAAUGGGGCGGGUGGGGGAUUGGGGAGGGGCUUGGGUAGACCGACAUCCUGGUGGACCUGAUGUGAAAUUCCUGUCAAACAACUUUUAAAUGGUUUGCUAGGAUUAUUUCUGUAUUGAAAGUUUCUAAUUAUGCUUUUUUUAAAAAAUACUAAAAAUAAAGGUUCAAGCUGCCAAA